UGUUUUCGUGGUCGUUCUAGCGUUCGAGGUGCUAAUUCAGCAUCAGAUUGGGUUUCGGUUUCGAUUUCAGCUCGGGGAGAAUUCAGCAAAGUUAGUUGGCCGACGACCGCGAUCGCGAUAGCAACACUUUCACCCAGCAAAACGGAUCUAUAAUGGCCAAGCCACAGCACAUCCUGCAGCUGAGUGAGGAGCAGCGGAGCAGCUUCGUCGGCUCCUUCGACCGGGUGCUCAGCGACAUCGAUGGCGUCCUGUGGACCAUGGAGCACAAUGUGCCGCGGGCGGCCGACGGAUACGCCGCCCUCGAGCGGAACGGAAAGCACCUGACCUUCGUGACCAACAACAGUGUGCGCACGGUGGACCAGUGCAUCAGGCGCUUCGCCAAGAUCGGGAUGCAGGUGCAGCCGGAACAGAUAUGGCAUCCGGCCCAGUCCAUCAUAAACUAUCUGCGGGGCAUCAACUUCCAGGGUCUCAUCUACAUCAUCGCCAGCCCGCCGUUCAAGGCGGUGCUCCGCGAGGCGGGAUUCCAGCUCCUGGAUGGGCCAAACGCGUUCAUCGAGGAUAACUUCGAGAGCCUGGCCAAGAACAUCUUCGAUAAGGAGCCGGUUCGUGCCGUCGUCAUCGACGUGGACUUCAACCUAAGCUCCCCGAAGAUGCUGCGGGCCCAUCUCUAUUUGCGUCAUCCGGAGUGCCUGCUGAUUGAAGGCGCCACGGAUCGUCUGCUUCCGGUGGCCAAGGGCGUGAAUAUCAUCGGACCAGGGGCCUUCGCCUCCAUUUUGGUGGAAGCCAGUGGCCGACAGGAUCGUUGCAUUACGCUGGGCAAGCCGGGUCGCGAACUGGGCCAUCUGAUUGUGGAGCACUACAAGAUCGAUCAGCCCAGCCGGGUGCUCAUGAUCGGUGACAUGUUGGCCCAGGACAUUGGCUUUGGGCGCCAGUUCGGAUUCCAGACCCUGCUCGUCCUCAGCGGCGGAUGCACGCGGGAGCAGCUCCUGGCGGAGACAGAUCCCCGGCACAUCCCGGACUUCUAUGCGGACAGCAUGGCCGAUGUGGCCCAGCUGCUCGGGGAGGCGCCCAAGGCGCAUGUUUAAUCGGUGGAAUUGGUGGAAAAAAUAUUGGAAAAAGAAAGGAGUGCUAGGUUUACAAUGUAUUGGGUACCUGGGAAAUGAUUCAUUAUUGUUAUCAUCACAAUACCGUAUUUUAUUCGUUAUCUAAAAUAUAACUCACACUAAAUAAGAAAAAAAAAGGCUAUACUUAUGUAGAACUUGGGGAUUUCAGGAAGGUAAAGCUCUUCCAAUCGUUGCAUUCUCUGUAACCAUUCAUGUAACUAUUUAUAAAUCUAUUUCGAGUUGAUGCAGUCAUGUGCUGAAUCACCCCACAUUUUAUUGGGCAUCUGUAAUAAAACUCACACCAAACAAACAAAACAAAAUUACUCAAAAAAGUAGAGACGAUCGGUCGAAUUUAAGGGGUUCCUCAGGUUUAAGUCCUAGAAAAACUAUGAAAACUUUCACUAAUUCUAAUUAUUCGUAUUCAAUAUGGAACAUUUUAUACAGUAUAUGUACU